AUGAAGAAGAUUCCCACGAGGUUACUCUGUAACGAAGUCUCGAUUGAAAACCUUGCCCUCCUCCCUUGGAGGAGGGCCCUUUUAUACCUACAGCUUCAUAAGAAACCAGGAGAACCUCAAGGAACUCCAAAGGAAAUACCCCCGCGAGGGGUGAAGGCAGAGCACGUGGCGUCGGCUAAGGCCGAGGCGUCACAGGAUGGAGGACUGUACCAUAUCGAUGUUCAGAACCAGCAGAGCGACUAUGAGCAGCGCCUUAUGCCGCUGCAGUGGGCGAUAGAUCAGGCUGUCAUAGCGCUCACUAUCGAUGUGGACGCCCCUGCCCCAUUGGAAUGGCCCUUCUCGCAGGAGACAAAUGAGGAGCAGGACACAAGGCUCAGACUUAGUUACAUCCGCGGUCUGAGGAAUUUGCUCGUUCUAGCACUAUUCGUCUGCUAUGUUGGCAUAGCGUACCAGCUACCUGGCGCUUUCGCCGGCGAGCGCGCCAACCUCAUCACCGCCCAUAUGCAAGUCAUGGGUCUAGGCGACGCCGCGCGCAUCCUCUCCUGGCACGUCAGCAUCUCCCUCCUUUACCUCCCAGCAUGGAUCAUCGUCUCCCUCGUCUGGAGCUACCGCAUCUUCACCGCCUCCAACCCCGGCCUCAUCUUCGUUGUGCACCUCCUCCUCGGGCUCUCCCUCGCGAGUUACGGCCUCUUCGUCGCUGCGCCCUUCGGCCGGAGUCCCCAGCUCGCGGCGGUAGUGGCGACGUUCGUCAGUAUCGUGCUGGCGAUCAUCGCAUUGGUGUUCAAGGAGGCGACGACGGGCGCGGCGUCGAUCUUCACAUUGAUCUUUCCUCCGGCCUUUUACAUCUUCGCCAUUCGGGCCAUCUGUGGGUGGGAGAAUCAUGAGUGGGCGACGGACGUCUUAAAGGGAGACCCGGACAAUGAUUUGAGGUUGCUGCCCUUGAUCAUAGUGGCGAUUAUCAACAUCAUCCUCUGGCCCUGGCUCGCAACCCGACUCGAAGCCUUGGUGUACAAUGCACGAGACCACGACCAGUUCAAGUGGUUCCAUCGCCGCCAUCACAACACUUACGAGACCCCAACUGUACCCGAUGGCGUCUCGAUAUCCAUCCGCAACCUAGGCAAGACCUUCAACACGGACCUCUUCGGGCGCUCUCGCGGCAAUGUCACGGCCAUUGAGGACCUCACGAUGGAUAUCCCCAAGAGUGGCAUCACUGUCCUACUUGGCUCGAACGGUGCCGGCAAAUCUACCGCCCUUUCCGUCCUCGCAGGCCUCACUGGCCGCUCGCGCGGUACUGUCACCUUCGAAGGUGGCGUUACACGUCCGCCGCGGGGCACUCUUGGCAUCGUCCCGCAGAAGAACGUCCUCUUUCCUGAGCUGACGUGCUACCAAACUCUCCGCGUGUGGCGUGCCAUCAAAUGGGCGAGCGCGGCGAGGCAGAGUCAAGGCGGCGUGCACGGGCGCGAGGAAGGUGAUGGUGGAGAGUACGAUGAGAUCGAGCAACUGCUGCGGGACUGCGAUCUUGCGGCGAAGGUGCAUGCGAAUGCGGAUACCCUUUCUGGUGGGCAGAAGCGGAAGCUGCAGCUCGCGGCGGGGCUGAUUGGUGGGUCGAAAAUCGUCCUGGUGGACGAGUGCACGUCCGGCGUUGAUCCGCUCUCACGUCGAGCAAUAUGGCGCACCUUGACCACCUUUAGAGACGAGAGGACUAUCGUCUACACAACGCAUUUCCUUGACGAAGCUGACCUGUUGGCGGACGAGAUCGCCAUCUUGGCUGCUCCUGGAAAGCUUGUUGCUCAUGGUCCACCGGUUGCCCUCAAGCAGACGCUCGGAGAGGGAUACGCGAUCCACGCCACCUUCGACUCGACGCAAAAGAAGGACCUCGAUACGGACGACGAGAAGGGCGACUGCCUCUCGCAUAUGGAGUCCGAAGUCUUGCGCGCGGUUCGAGCGGUCGCACCCGAAACAUCGCUCAGUCGCUCCCAGCGGUACAGUGCAUACCGCUUGCAUAACAAGGACCUGGCCGUCGUCGAGCGCGUUGUACGCAUGCUUGAUGAGCGCAAGCAGAAGCUAGGCAUCGCAUCCUACGACGUCCUCGGCACCUCCAUCGAGGAGAUCUUCCUCAACCUCAUGACGCGCGAAGAAGAGGCAGCGACCAAGGACGACGACAAGCUCUCGCAAGAUACGCAGAAGGAUGCGCUCGACCCCGGGCAUAAUGCACCGCUCAACCUCACGAACAGCCGCCCGGUAUCGCCUCUUCGACAGGCGGUCACCAUCUUCCGGAAGCGCAUGCUCAUCGCGCGCCGGAGCUGGCUUUCCCCGGUCCUUGCUGCGCUCGUCGCGAUUGCCGGGUCGACGAUCCCGAUCGUGUUCAUAGCCGACCGAGAGCAGACCUGCGAACGCCACUUUAGCAAUAACACGCUAGUACAGCCGCUCUAUUUGGCGGAAUCUCCGACGGUGCUCUUUGACCAGGAGGCAAGGCUCUUGACCUACCCGCCCGAUGUCGCUAGCGCGCUACUGGGAAAUAUCGCGCUACCUAUCCAGGGCGUGGCAGAUAACGAUACGUUCGUCAGCACCAUCCAGGACAAUUACCGGAAUAUGUCGCUUGGCGGUCUGUCCGUGAGCCUAGACGCGUAUGAGGCGUUGUUCGCGUGGGAAGCAACAGAACCGGGCUUGAAGGGGCUACAAUUGUUGAAUCAAGCGUCAAAUGUUCUUCUCCAGCACGCAGUGAACUCGACGGGAGAUGGAGCUCCGGGGGCGGUCAUAAACGCGAACUAUGAGAGGCUACCUUCUAUCGCGCCGGGCACCCUGGUCGCGCUCAAGUGGGCAGCCUUCUUCGGUGCGGCAAUGGCAGUCUAUCCCGCGUUUUUCGCCAUGUAUGUCGCAGAAGAGCGUCGGUCGCUUGUGCAAGCUAUGCAAUUCUCGAAUGGCCUGUCGAAUCCUGUGGGCUUGUGGCUCGGCCACGUUGCUUUCGAUGCUAUAUGGUCGAUCAUCGCGUCCAGCAUCAUAGCAAUCGUCUUCGCUACUACUUCAGGGCAGUUUGCUGGCGUUGGACUCUUCGUACUUGUCAUGGUUUUGUACGGAAUAGCGGCGACGCUUUUCUCGUACUGUGUGUCCUUGAUGGUGGCUUCGCCGCUAGCCGCUUUUGCAGCCUCGGCAGGGUAUCAAGUCAUCAUGUUUGUCCUAUACCUAGCAGGUUAUCUCCUUACGUUCACAUACGGCAAGACGUCCGAGGCAGACAACAUCGUCACGACCAUUCAUUUCACGAUCUCUCUGCUUUCACCCGUCGCUAGUGUGCUGCGCGCCGCAUUUGUGUCGGUGAAUCUGUUCUCGCUGCUUUGCUCUGGGCCAGAGCCGGUCACAACUUCAUCGCUCGGCGUCAUCACGCGCUAUGGGGGCCCCAUUGUCUACCUCUUCGGCUUCAUCUUCGUCCUGUUCUCAGUCCUGGUAUGGGUCGACUCGGGUUCCGUUUGGCGGCGCAGCUCGGACGCUCUCAAGCGCAGGAAGGGUUCGACCGCGGGCAUGGAUGUGGAACGUACCUCGAGCGACAUGCUCCUUCGCGUCGACAGCGUCAGCAAGACCUUUGGCAACAAGAAGGCCGUCGACAAUGUCAGUCUCGAAGUGCCUAGAAGCUCUGUGCUUGCGUUGCUGGGAGCCAACGGAGGCGGAAAGACAACGACUUUGAACAUCAUCCGAGGAGAAAUCAUACCCGACGAAGGAGAUGCUUCCAUCAAGGGUGUCUCCAUCGUCCGCGAUCCGCGAGGGGCACGAUUGAACCUUGGCGUCUGCCCUCAGUUCACGGCGAUUGAUACGCAGCUCAGCGUCCGAGAACACUUGCUCAUAUACGGUCGGCUGAAGGGGCUAUCCCCCGGUCAAGAGCUUGAUGACAAUGUACACACGCUGCUUCGGGCCACGCGUCUGGAUGUGUAUGCGGAUAGGUUGGCGAGCAAGUUGUCUGGUGGCAAUCAGAGGAAGCUGGCGCUCGCUAUUGCGUUAAUGGGUAAUCCCGCCGUCAUCCUCAUCGACGAGUUCUCUACAGGAGUAGACGCGAAGAUGAAGAGAGAUAUGUGGCAAACCCUGAGAGGCGUGGUGUCCGGUAAAGCGGUGGUAUUGACGACGCACUCCAUGGAGGAGGCCUCUGCGCUGGCGGACUACGUCUCCAUCUUGGCCAAGCGCAUGCUCGCAUCUGGCACGAUCAACUCGCUCUCAGCACGAUAUGCUUGCUACGAAGUGCACUUCACGUGUAGGACAAGGGAAGACGUCGUGAACGCCCAAUCGCUCAUGAGUCGUAUACCUGGCUCGCGCAAGGCGGACGACGUUGCGACGCGCUUCGAGAUACCAAUUCAAGAGGGUGCCCAUCUUGCGGACGUGCUUCACGUUCUCGGUUCUUCCGGCGACUUCGCGGAAUACACCGUAGAGAAGGCGACUCUAGAAAGCGUGUUCUUGAAGGUGAUGCGGGAGAACAAGGUGGAGGAGGAAGAUGCUGCGAAGAGGACACUGAGGUGCUGGUAA